GGAACAUCACUUCAUCAACAGAUGUGAUAUUAAUAGAUCACAUCUUCACAACUCACUACAGUAAGGAAGCAGUUUCCAUUCUCUUUUCUUUUCUUUUUUGUAAAUAGUGACCUGGAAGCAACUCUCAGGUGUACACCUGGAGGUUGUGGGACAAAUCUGGACUUUGACCCACCACAGGGGCGGGGCCAGAUGGGUUUUGGGACCGUAACUGAAAUUCGUGAAUUCUAUUAAGGUCGUUGUUGUAUUAUAGUCAGUAGAGUCAUUGAGGAAUCCCAGACUGACGCACUUGGGUUUCCUGAUGCCAGUGAACGUCACUCGUCAUGUCUCCCUGAUUGACUGCACCUGAGCUUCCCUGGGCUCUGAUUGGUUCAGCUCAGCACUGUGUCCAUGGCCCCACUGUGUCCAUGACUUGUGGAAAGUUGGACUUUGUUGUUUUCUCAUCUAAAUACUGUAAGUCUGUUUGUGUUACCUCAGAUAUUAAAAACUCAUUUCCCCCUCUCCCUGCGUUGCGUCCUGCUCCCACCAACCCGUGCCAACUCUUUAUCUCCGGCCGGAGGAGGUCGAGGCUGGAUGCUCUGCCGCCACAUCAUCCUCAUCAUUCGACCGGCGCGUCCGCGCGGUGUCGGGUUUUACGCAUGGCGUCCGACAAACGCAAUGUGAGCCGGGCGCGCAGCCAGCUCCGGGCGCGCUGCUAUUUCGAGGUGGGAAUGCUCCCGACCCCCAGCCCCCUCCGCACACCUGCUCCGCUCCGUCCCCCCGAGCGACAGCCCGGCCCCGGCCCCGGUCCUGCGCUCACUCCUGCGCGCGACCCCGUCGGCACCGACCGGAGCUCGCGUCCUGCGUCCUGCUUCUUCUGGAUCUGGUCUCCUGCUCUGCCCCUGGUGGAUGUAACCUGGUUGUUGUGUCACAUCUCCCCAUCAUUCACUUUUUUAUUAUUUCUUUAAUUUUUCAUAAUUCCCAUCACACCCGGUGCGCUGUUAUCGAUGGCGGAGGGUGUGCGUCCCGAGGAUUACUGCGACGAGCCGGUGGACGACGAGUUUGGAGAGAUCAUCAAGUGUCGAUCUGAUGAAAGAGAGGACGUUCAGAAGAAGACUUUCACAAAAUGGGUAAACUCACAGCUGUCUAAGACCGGGAAGCCGCCCGUGGAGGAUCUGUUCUCCGACCUGUGUGAUGGACGACGCCUGCUGGAGCUGCUGGAGGGGCUGGCAGGGCGGGAGCUGGUGAGGUUGGAGAGAGGAUUCACGCGCGUUCACUCGCUCAACAAUGUCAACCGUGCUCUGCAGAUCCUGCAGAAGAACAAUGUCGAACUGGUGAAUAUCGGAGCGGCAGACAUCGUUGAUGGGAAUCACAAACUGAUCCUCGGGCUCAUCUGGAGCAUCAUUCUCCACUGGCAGGUAAAGGAUGUGAUGAAGGAUGUGAUGGCGGGCCUACAGCAGACCAACAGUGAGAAGAUCCUGCUGAGUUGGGUUCGUCAGAACACGCGACAAUAUCCUCAGGUCAACGUGGUUAACUUCUCCAGUAGCUGGAAUGAUGGAUUGGCCUUCAAUGCCCUCAUCCACAGCCACAGGCCUGAGCUUUUUGAUUGGAGUGCGGUGGAGAAGAAGACGUCAGCGAUCGACAGACUGGAACACGCCUUCAGUACGGCAGAGCAACACCUGAGGACGGACAGGCUGCUGGACCCUGAGGACGUGGCCGUGCCUCACCCAGACAAGAAGAGCGUCAUCAUGUACGUGACGUCGCUCUUCCAGGUGCUGCCCCAAAGCGUUUCCAUGGAAGCCAUCAAGGAGGUGGAGACGUUGCCGCGGGGGGCGGCGGCGGCGGUGGCGGCAAACGCCCGCAAGACGACGGAGGAGCACUACCAGAUCCAGACCCAGCAGCGUUUCUCUCAGCAGAUCACGGUGAGUGUGGCUCAGGGCCGCGUGCGGAGCCCCUCGCCGCAGCCGCGCUAUAAAAGCUAUGCCUACACCCAGGCCGCCUAUGUCAAGUCGCCCGAGCAAAAGAGGAGGCGUGUUACUGAUCAGUUCCUGACGCCCAGCCAGGAGGAGCUGCAGCGGGGCCUCAGUCCUCUGCCCCCGGGCUCCACCAGCCUGGAGAGCUACCAGGCUGCACUGGAGGAGGUGUUGACGUGGCUGCUGUCGGCCGAAGACGGGCUCCAGGGGCAGCCUCCCAUCUCCAGCCACGUGGAGGAGGUGAAGGAGCAGUUCCACACGCAUGAGGGCUACAUGGUGGAGCUGACCAGCCACCAGGGCAGCGUGGGGCGGGUCCUGCGCGCCGGCGCCGCCCUGCUGGGGGAGGGACACCUGAGCGAGGACGAGGACCGGGAGGUCCGGGAGCAGAUGAACCUGCUGAACUCCCGGUGGGAGCACCUGAGAGUGGCGAGCAUGGAGAGACAGAGCAGACUCCACGAGGUCCUGAUGGACCUGCAGCACCAGCAGUUGCAGCAGCUCACCGAUUGGCUGGACGUGACCGAGGCGCGGAUCAAGAGGAUGGGGGCUCAGUUGGGCCCGGACCUGGAGGACGUCAAGCACCAGGUGGAGGAGCACAAGCUUCUGCAGGAGGACCUGGAGCUGGAGCAGGUGAGGGUGAACUCGCUAACCCACAUGGUGGUGGUGGUGGACGAGAGCAACGGAGACAGUGCCACCGUCGCCUUGGAGAGCAAACUUCAGGUGCUUGGUGAUCGCUGGGCGGCCAUUUGUAAAUGGACAGAGGAACGCUGGAUUCUGCUUCAAGAGAUUUUACUGAAAUGGCAGCACUUCACUAAUGAACAGUGUUUAUUUGACUCCUGGCUGACGCAGAAGGAGGAAGUGGUGAGCUCCAUCAAGACCUCCAACCUGAAGGACCAGGCGGAGAUGGUGGCCUGCCUCCGCCGCCUCGCGACGCUGAAGGCCGACCUGGAGCUGAAGCGUCCCACCAUGGACAAGCUGUGCUCCAUGAGUCAGGACCUGCUGAGCAGUGUGAAGAACAAGGAGGUGGCCAGCAAACUGGAGGCCCGACUGGACAGCUUCGCCCAGCGCUGGGACCGGCUGGUGCAGAGUCUGGAGCUGAGCAGCUCCCAGCUGUCAUCGACCGUCAGUGUUACCCAGCAGUCCGAGCUGACCCACUCUGUCACGGCGACCGUUACCAAGGUGAUAACGAGGGAGAAGGUUUCCGCCGUGCGCCACACCCGAGAGUCGCCGCCGCCCGCCGUGCGCCACACCCGAGAGUCGCCGCCGCCCGCCGUGCGCCACACCCGAGAGUCGCCGCCGCCACAGAAGAAGAGGCAGGCGGUGGUCGACUCUGAGCUCAGGAAAAGGUUUGAUGUGGACUUCACAGAGCUCCACAGCUACAUGACCCGCGGAGAGGCCAUCCUGCAGAGCCCCGAGUUCUCUGUGUCCCGCAAGGAGGGCAGCAUCCAGGAGCUGUACGACAAAGUGCAGGCGAUAGAGAGGGAGCGGCCGGAGAAGUACCGAAAGCUCCAGGAGGCGACGCGCACGGCGCAGACCCUGGUCGAGCAGGAGGGGACCCGUGCUGAGGACAUCGCCCAGGCGGCGGAGCAGCUGAACCAGCGCUGGGUGGGAUUCUGUGCCCUGUUGUCGGACAGGCUGACAUGGCUGGCUUACCAGACAAAGGUGCUGGCCUUCUACAACUUGUUCGCUCAGUGUGAGCAGGCGGUGGACAACAGUGAGAACUGGCUCAAAGUCCAGGCGCCGCCAGCGUCUGAACCAGAACCACUGAAAGUUCAACUGGACCGAUGUCGGGAGGAGGUGGCUCGCCUGGCCGCCCUGCAGCCUCAGGUGGAGCUGCUGGAGACGCAGCUGACGGAGCUGAAGGAGGAGAAAGAAGGGGGCGCGGACCCCUCGGCGUUCCUGGACGCCGACAUCGGCGCCUUCGACGAGCACUACGAGGAAGUCCUGGAAAACCUGCGGACCAGAGAGAGGCAGCUGCAGCUGGUUUUGGAGAGCUUGCCCCCGGCUCGUUAUAAGGAAACCAUAUCAGCGCUGUUGGCAUGGUUACAACAGUGCGAGGCCAAGCUGGCCGUGCCAUCCACGGCCGUUACCGAGUACCCUACUAUGGAACAGAGACUGAAGGAUGUUGAGGCGCUGCAGGAGGCUCUGACUGAGCACCAGGGGGAGGUCGACUACCUGACCUCCGCCGUGGAGCAGGUUUUCCUCAAGGCUCCGGCAGACAUCAGCCAGAAGUAUCGCAUAGAGAUGGACGCCGUCAUGGCGCGCUGGAGGCGACUGGGCGCCACGCUGGCAGACAACGGCCAGCGGAUCCAGGAGCUCAUGGCCAAACUGCUGCAGUUUGAGAACGACGUCACGACGUUGAAGAAGUGGAUGGCGGACGUGGACGUGUUCCUGAACGAGGAGUGGCCGGCGCUGGGCGACUCGGAGGCUCUGGAGAAGCAGCUGGAGCAGUGCACGGCUCUGGUGAACGACAUCCACACCAUCCAGCCCAGCGUCAACGGGAUCAACGAGGUGGGCCUGUACCUGAAGAAGGAGGCCGAGCCGCCGUUCGCCGUCCACAUCCAGAAGCUGCUGGACGAGCUCAACGCCCAGUGGGAGAACGUCUGCAAACAGGCCUACGCUAAGAAGUCGGCUCUGAAGGGAGGCCUGGACAAGACCAUGGCUCUGAGGAAGGAGAUGCAGGAGAUGCAGGAGUGGAUCAACCAGGCGGAGGAGGACUACCUGGAGCGGGACUUCACGUACAAGACCCCCGAGGAGCUGCGCAAGGCCGUGGAGGAGCUCAAGAGGGCGCAGGAGGAGGUCCACUCCAAGGAGCUGAAGGUGAAGCUGCUCACCGACAGCGUGAACAGCUUCAUCGCCAAGGCCCCGCCCACAGCCCACGACGCCCUGCGCUCGGAGCUGGACGUGCUGACGGCAAACUACCAGCGCCUGUGCAGCCGCCUGGACGGGAAGUGCAAAACCCUGGAGGAGGUGUGGGCGUGCUGGUGUGAGCUGCUCUCCUACCUGGAGCAGGAGAACACCUUCCUGGACCAGCUGGAGCAGAAGCUGGACGAGACGGACAACCUGCAGGGAGGAGCAGAGGAGCUGCAGGAGGCGCUGGAUAGCCUGGACGUCCUGCUGCGUCACCCGGAGGACAACAGGAACCAGAUUCGAGAGCUGGCCCAGACGCUGAUGGACGGAGGCGUGCUGGACGAACUCAUCCAGCAGAAACUGGACGCGUUCAACGCGCGAUGGGACGAACUCAUGGCCAGGGCGCUGCUCAGGCGGACGGAGCUGGAGAAGAGUGUCCAGUGGGCCCAGGAGAACGACAAGACGCUGAGGCAGAUCCAGGAGGCGCUCGCCAACACCGACCGCCACCUCGCGGCGUACCUCAGCGACCACAUCGACGCCCAGCAGAUUCCACAGGAGGCCCAGAAAAUCCAGGCGGAGCUGAGUGGACAUGAAGCGACUCUGGAGGACAUGAGGAAGAAGAACCAGGACAAAGAGCCGUCCCACAGGAUCGUGGGACAGAUCGACCUCACACAGAAAAUGCUGGCGGACGUGUGGACGAAGUUCCGGCUCUUCCAGAAGCCGGUCAACUACGACACGCGGCUGGCCGAAUGCGAGCGCCUGCUGGCCGGGGUCAAGAGUCAGGUGGGGCUGCUGGACAUCGGCAGUGUGGAGCAGGACGUGGUGCAGUCGCAGCUGGAGCAGUGCAUGAAGUUGUACAAGGUGCUGAGUGAAGUGAAAGGCGAGGUGGAGACGGUGAUAAAAACAGGCCGACAGAUCGUCCAGAGGCAGCAGACGGAGCAGCCCAAAGAGCUGGACGACAGGGUGACCGCCCUGAAACUGCUCUACAACCAGCUGGGAUCACAGGUAACCGAGAGUAAACUGGAGCUGGAGAAGAGUCUGAAGUUGUCGAGGAAGCUGCGUAAGGAGCUGAACGGGCUGACGGAGUGGCUGGCCGCCACGGACGCGGAGCUGACGCGGCGCUCGGCCGUGGACGGCAUGCCCAGCAACCUGGAGGCGGAGGUGGCCUGGGCGCAGUCCGUCCACGGGGAGACGGGGCGACGCGAGCCCCAGCUGCAGGCCGUGGUGGAGCUGGCCGAGGCCCUGAAGGCCGUGCUGCGGGGCCACGGGGGCCUGGUGGACGACAAAGUCAGUCUGCUGCGCUGCAACUGGAUCGCCGUCACGUCCCGGGCAGAGGAAUGGCUCAACCUGCUGCUGGACUACCAGCGGCAGAUGCAGAAGUUAGAUGGAGAGAUACAGGAAGUGAACGGAUGGAUCGACGGAGCGGAGAAGAAGAUGGACGACAUCGACAGCCAGGGACCCAACGACUCUGUGCUGAAGGUUUUGCGUGCGGAGCUGGAGCGGACGAGGGGGAAGGUGGAGGAGGUGAGGGCUCUAGCCCAGGAGCUCCAGUCCACCCGGGGGGAGAACUGCCAGGCUCAGGUGGGACCCAGGGUGGAGCAGCUCAACCGGAGGUUUGACACCAUCGGCCAGCGCAUCGCCUCCGGACAGACGGCAGCGUCAGCCAAGGAGCUGGAGCAGUACCACAGUGAAGCGCAGAUCUGGCUGGAGCUCCUGGAGGAAGAAGUCAAACAGGGGGAGAACCUCAAGGAGGAGGACUUCCAGGAAGACAAGGACUGUGAGGAAGGUGCAGUGAAGGAGUUACUGUUGAAGGGAGAGAAUCUACAGAAGCGAGUGCCGGACGUGGACAAGAGAGAGCAGAUCAGACUCAAACAAAACCAGCUCAACUGCAAAUACAACACCGUCAAGGACCUGCGUGUAAUGAGGAACAGGAAGGCGCUGGCCAUCGCUCCCCAGUGGUACCAGUACAGGAGGAAGUCCCAUGACCUGCUGGCCUGGCUGGACGACAUCCAGCGCAGUGUGGACCAACUGCCCGACCCCCCCGAGGGAGAGAGGGUCAAGGAAAUUGGCUCAGAGUUCGUCAAGAAGAAGGAGGAGCUUAAGGAGGUGCAGGGCUUAGCCAAUCAGCUGUCAGCGGCUGGAGCCGCCAGUCUAGUGGAGCCCCGCCAGGUCCAGCUCAACACACGCUGGGCUGAGGUGGAGGGCAAGUUCAGACCCUUCAAAAGACAAAGUGAGUACCUCACAGGGCUGCAGGCGUUGCUGCGCUCCGUGUCAGAGACGGACUUCAAGCUGAACUCUCCUGAAUACUGGCCUGCAGCGUUUUACAACCUGCCUCAGCAAGAGCACUGCCUGAAGGAGGUGAAGGGGAGCGUUGACAAGCUGCGGGGCCCGGUGGAGGGAGCGCUGGCCCUCAGAGAGGAGAUGGUAUCGAGCGCUCGGCCUCUGGAGGGUCAGAGGAUCCAGGAGACCGCCGCCCUCCUCGGUACCAACUGGGACAAACUGAACAAGCUCUACCAGGACAGACUCAAGCGUUGGCAGGACUGCAACUCCAAGUGGCAGAAGUUUGUCUCCGAUCAGAAGACUGUGGACGAGUGGCUGGACGACGCCGAGGGCACUUUGAAACUGGCCGAGACUGAGCCAGCAGCACACAGACAGCAGCUCAGGGACCUGACGGAGGCCAUUCCCCUCCAGGAGGUGGUGCUGGGCAGAGUGAACUCGGCGGGAGAGGACAUCAGCCAGUUGAGCACAGCAGACGACGCCUCGCGGCUCCAAGCGCAUCUCAAAUUACUCAACACCCGCUGGGUGAACGCCUGUCAGCAGAUCAACGAGCACAAGAGGAGGUCUUCAGAGGCUCGCACGGCGGCCGCAGAGCUGCAGGAGGACGUGGGUUCGAUGCUGGGCUGGCUGGACAAGGCCGAGGGCGUCCUGGCCAUCCCUCUGCAGCCGGCCGAGCCGCAGCACAUCAGACACACUCUGGGCAAAGUGCAGGCUCGUGUGGACGAGCUUCCUGCCAAGAAGGCGGCGGUGGACGACCUGAACUCCAGGAGCAAACGCAUAACGCUUCCCGCCGACAAACAGAAAGACGUCAGGACGGUCAACGCUCGCUGGGCUCAGGUGUCCAGGGCUCUGCCGGAGCGUCAGCUGCAGAUCGAGGGUCUGCUGAGGGAGCUGGAGAAGCUUCAGGCCCAGCUGGACGACCUGUCGGCCUGGGCGUCCAGCACCAGAGCCAGGCUGGAGCACAGCCCCGAGGAGCCCCCGCCCCGGAUCAUCGACGAAGUGCAAGUGAAACAACCAGAAGUGGAGGCGGUUCUGGUGCGAGCUGAUCAGCUGUACAAGGACACUCCGCCCGGCCAGACAGACAAGGUGAGGUACGUCCAGCUGAAAGAAGACUGGACCGUGAUCCUGGAGCUGCUGCGGCAGCACAAAGAGCGAUUGGCCGCUCUCCUCGUCGCCAAAAAAGCCAAUGAAAGUCUGCAAGCGAGCUCCCAGCCGGACUCGGCGGCGCUGGCUCAGUUCAACAAGUCCUGGGCCGAGCUCACUGAUUGGCUGACCAUGCUGGACAACAUGGUGCAGAACAAGCGGGUGGUGGUGGCCGACCUGGAAGACAUCGGCGACAACAUCAAACAGCUCAAGGACUGUCUGCAGGAGCUGGACCAGAAGCGCCCCCUGCUGGAGAGACAGGUCACAGCCGCCCAGAACCUGAAGAACAAGAGCAGCAAUCAGGACACGCGCAACGCCAUCACUGAACGCAUCGACAGGCUUCAGACUCACUGGGAAGACUCUCAGACCAAACUCUCCGACCGGACGACGCAGCUCCACAACAUGCUGCAGGACUCCACCGAUUGGCUGGACGCGAAGAAGGGGGCGGAUCUCCACGUCAUGCGGGCCAGCGACAGGCUAGAGUCUUUGCAGGAGAUCACGUACACGGUGGACGCGCUGAAGAAACAGAACGCUGAACUGAAGCUCUUUGCGAAGGAGCUGCAGCAGUGUCAGGGUCAGGUGGAGAAAACUAACGCGCUGGCCGAGAAGCUGCUGACGCUGUACGCCAGCGACGACACGCACAAGGUCACGCAGGUCAACGACAACAUGAUGGCAACCUGGACGCACAUCAGCAAACGCGUUUCAGACCGGGAGGCGGCUCUGGAGGCGGCUCUGAAGCUGCUGCAGCACUUUUACCUGGACCUGGAGAAGUUCCUCAGCUGGCUGACGGAGGCCGAGACCACCUGCAACGUGCUGAUCGACGCCACCAACAAGCAGAGGCUGCAGGAGCAGCCCGAGGCCGCCCGGAACCUGCUGGCACAGUGGAUGGACCUCCAGGCGGAGAUUGACGGCCACACGGAGCUGUACCACUCCCUGGAUGAGAAUGGCCAGAGGAUCCUCACCUCGCUGGAGGACUCGGCGGACGCUGCUCUGCUGGAGAAACGUCUGGACAACAUGAGCCAGCGCUGGAACGACCUGCGCAACAAGACCCUCAGCAUGAGGGCCCACCUGGACUCGGAGAUGGCCCCGUGGAAGAGGCUCCACAUGUCCCUGCAGGAGCUCCUGAACUGGCUGCGGCUGAAGAGUCAGCAGCUGGAGCGCGAGCCGCCCGUGGGGGGCGACGUCCCCGCCGUGCAGUCGCAGCUGGACACGCAGCGGGGCUUCAGGAGAGACCUGAGAGCGAAGGAGCCAGUUGUGACCAAGAGUCUGGACGAUGUCGGAGUCUUUCUGUCCGAACUGCCCCGAGACUCGCCGGCGUUUGAGCAGCGAGAUAUCAGCCCGGAGGAGCGAGCCCAGAAUGUGGGCCGAAUCCUGCGCAAGGAGGCGGACGACGUGGUGACCAAGUGGGACCAGCUGAACGGGGACGCUGCCGACUGGCAGAGGAGGCUGGAGCUGGCUCUGGAUCGCCUGGUGGAGCUGCAGGAGGCCGAGGACCUGCUGGACGGACAGCUGAGGCAGGCGGAGAUGGUGAAGGAGGCCUGGGAACCGGUGGGCGACCUGCUGAUCGAGUCGCUGCCGGAGCACAUCGAAAGAGUCAAGGAGUUCCAGGAAGAGAUCGCUCCGAUCCAAGACGACGUAACUCACAUGAACCAGUUGGCGUCCACUUUCGGCCCGCAUGACAUCCAGCUGUCGCCUAGCAACCUGGAACGCAUCGAGGACCUCAACACGCGCUGGAGACUGCUCCAGGUUACCAUGGAUACGGGGGGAAACAACUCGGGCAGGAAUGGAUUGGGUGAGGUGGAUUCAAAGAUCUCCGUCAGUGAACAUCUGAAGCAGCUGACGGACGCUCACCUGGACUUUGGCCUCCUGCACGGGUCGGUGGACAGCCCCUUCGAGCAGGGCGUCUCCCCCAACAACGUGCCCUACUACAUCAAAGAGAAAGCUGGACCUGACCAGAUCACCGAGACGCUCCACCAGACCCAGACAACAUGCUGGGACCAUCCCAAGAUGGCCGAGCUCUACCAGUCUCUGGCGGACCUGAACAAUGUUCGGUUCUCCGCCUACCGGACGGCCAUGAAGCUCAGGCGCCUGCAGAAGGCUCUCUGCUUGGACCUGCUGAGCAUGCCGGUGGCGUGCGAGGUGUUCGACCAGCACGGCCUGAAGCAGAACGAGCAGCUGCUGGACAUCUCGCAGCUCGUCACGUGUCUGACCAGCCUGUACCAGCGGCUGGAGCAGAGCCACUCGCACCUCGUCAGUGUCCCGCUGUGCGUCGACAUGUGCCUCAACUGGCUGCUCAACGUCUACGACACUGGUCGCACCGGAAAGAUCCGGACUCUGUCGUUCAAAACUGGAGUGGUCUCCCUCUGCAAGGCUCAUCUGGAGGAUAAAUACAGAUUCUUGUUCCGACAGGUCGCCAGCGCCACCGGGUUCUGUGACCAGCGGCGCCUGGGCCUCCUCCUGCACGACUCCAUCCAGAUCCCCCGGCAGCUCGGCGAGGUCGCCUCCUUCGGCGGCUCCAACAUCGAGCCGUCCGUCCGCAGCUGCUUCCAGUUUGCCAACAACAAGCCGGAGCUGGAGGCGGCCAUGUUCCUGGACUGGAUGCGCCUGGAGCCCCAGUCCAUGGUGUGGCUGCCCGUCCUGCACCGCGUGGCCGCCGCCGAGACCGCCAAGCAUCAGGCCAAGUGCAACAUCUGCAAGGAGUGUCCCAUCAUCGGAUUCAGAUAUCGCAGUCUCAAACAUUUCAACUAUGACAUUUGCCAAAGCUGCUUCUUCUCCGGUCGCGUUGCCAAGGGCCACAAGAUGCAGUACCCCAUGGUGGAGUACUGCACUCCGACGACGUCGGGCGAGGACGUCCGGGACUUCGCCAAGGUGCUGAAGAACAAGUUCAGGACCAAGCGCUACUUCGCCAAACACCCGCGCAUGGGCUACCUGCCAGUCCAGACCAUCCUGGAGGGAGACAACAUGGAGACUCCCGUCACUCUGAUCAACUUCUGGCCUGUUGACCAUGCGCCCGGAUCGUCCCCUCAGCUCUCACAUGACGACACACACACUCGGAUCGAGCACUACGCCAGCCGGUUAGCAGAAAUGGAGAAUCGUAACGGCUCAUAUCUGAAUGACAGUAUCUCACCCAAUGAGAGCAUCGAUGACGAGCACAUGUUGAUCCAGCACUACUGCCAGUCUCUGAACCAGGGCUCUCCUCUCAGCCAACCCCGCAGCCCCGCCCAGAUCCUCAUCUCCAUGGAAACGGAGGAGAAGGGCGAGCUGGAGCGGGUCCUCAACGACCUGGAGCAGGAGAACAUGAAGCUGCAGUCCGAGUACGACCGUCUGAAGAAGGCCCACGACAGGAAGGGCCUGUCGCCGCUGCCGUCGCCCCCGGAGAUGCUCCCGGCGUCGCCGCAGAGCGCACGCGACGCCGAGCUCAUCGCCGAGGCCAAACUGCUGCGCCAGCACAAAGGACGUCUGGAGGCGCGGAUGCAGAUUCUGGAGGAUCACAACAAACAGCUGGAGUCACAACUGCACCGGCUGAGGCAGCUGCUGGAGCAGACGGACUCCAAGGUGAACGGCACAGCUCUGUCGUCUCCCUCCACCUCCUCUCAGCGCUCUGACUCCUCCCUCCCUCUGCUCCGUGUGGCAGCCAGCCAGACUACUGACACCAUGGGUGACGAUGAGCUGUCCAGCCCUUCCCAAGAUGCAUCUGGGCUGGAGGAAGUGAUGGAACAGCUCAACCACUCCUUCCCUCACAGCCAAGCAGAGAGACGGGGUCGUCCAUGAGAGGUCGCAGUAUCGGCAGUUUGUUCCACAUGGCCGACGAUCUGGGCCGAGCCAUGGAGUCGCUGGUCAGCGUGAUGACGGACGAGCAGAGCGCCGAACAGCACGAGGCGCUGCCGUUCUGACCCCCCCCUCCCCUCCCCUCCACCUAUAGCAUGCUUUUCUAGUCAAAACAACUGGAUUGGAAACACAGUUUACAAAGAGAAUAUAUAUAUAACGUCUAUUUUUGUGAAGGGUUGCGGUUCCAACGAUGCGUUUAAAAUUUAAAAAAAGGAAAAACAUUAUAACUUGUAGAUUUCAGUAGUUUCUUAAAACGUCCUGAAGUUGUUUUGUUAUUAACAGAGGCUGGUUUUUAAACUUCUAUGCAACUGUAUAAAACCGGGGGGAGGACGAGAGGCGAGUGGGCGUGGUCAUACGUUUCUCAUCUCUUUGUAAUCUGGGAAAAAACGGCUACAAAAGCAUUUCAGUUAUUUGUAUCCCAAAAAAAAUAUGAAUGAUUGUAAUCAUAAGGGUGCUUACUGAGAUAACAGCGUACACUACUGUCAAGGUAAUGCAGGCAUCCUGGUUCUUUACAGUACGUUGUCUGUGUGUGUGUGUGUGUGUGUGUGUGUGUGUGUUGCCUAAUUUACACAUUGCAUUACAGUUUUGUUUCUUUGGGCUUUGGCUUAAAAACUUCAUAUUAUAUUUUAUUUUGUUCAUUCAUCCGUCCUAUCUUUUCAUCCAUCCCCAUGGCAACAGGAUUAGUUUCCAGCACAGUGAACCGUGUGCAGCAGUAGCAGGUAGCUGACAGACACAGGGAGGAAAACGUUUACGGAAACAAUCGUACAGUCGGAUUAAAAUUACUUGAAAAACAGCUCAGCCAUCUUGGAAUUACCCCCCAGGAAGUGAUGACAAACGAAUAAAACCAGGCUUCUGUCACUUUCAAUUCUUACCUGGUCGUAAAAACUACAUUUAAAGAAUCAUACGUAUGAAAAAAUAUAUAUUUUAAGCACUUUAAAAGUGUUGACUUUUCAACUACAUCUCGUAAUAUUCCGACUUUUAUUCUCAAAAUCUGGAUGUGGUCGUACUUUACCCCCAAAAGGUUUUGUCACCGGUUACAUUUCUGCAACACAAGUGCAAGGUUGUGUGAUUAAACAAUUAGCUUGGUGAGCAGAUGAUUGGCUCGUUGGUGGGAAAGGGGGAGGACAUGAGUCACACAACCGCCAUCUUCCAUAUUACAAACUCUAUGAUUCGAUGUGGAACUUUAAAAACGUCAGUUCUACUCAGGACUUUCCACCUCCUCUCUUAAAAUCCUGAUGUUGCAAUGGAACAUUAAUAAUCAGUGUUUGUUUGAGUGCUCACAGUUCACUGUGUUGGUUCACAUGUUGACAGAAUCACUGGAAGAGGAACUCGGAUGAAUGUGAGCGGAGAUUAUUUUAGAGGAAAAGUUCCUUUUGAAUUUCAAUAAUUACAUUUGACUUCUUGGAAAGCCCAGUGACAUAAGCUCUACCUCGUGUAAAUUGUUUAAAUCUAGUUCAGAGGCGAAUGAUUUCUCUACUGUAACUCGACCCUGCACUCUUCUGAUUGAUUGUUGUUGGCUGAUUGAUUCAGGUUCGAUGAAUCGAGCCUCUGGUCCGAAUGUUCGGACGCGUUCGCUGCGUUUCUCAUCCGUCAGAUUUUCUACGACUCGAGUAUAGAAACAUUUUACACGAAUCAAAGUGGCACUACUGUCGUCAUCCCUGGGACGUAACUCGAUAUUUGUUUUGUGUGUGUGGACGAUGCAUUUAUUCUUGUUGUGUUACAGUUGGUCUUUGGUUAAAAAAUUUAGUUCUGUGCCGUGUGAGUGUUACGAUAUUAGCAUGUACGACUAAAUCCAAUCCAUCCUUAUUUAAAGUGGAACCACUGAGACGUGCAGCGUUGUACACAAACACACACGUGUGUUUUCAACGUCAUAUUCUUGCCGCAUGAUCCAAGAGGUUUUGUUUUUUGUUUUUGGUCCAGACACUGAAUUUGAUUGAUUUUGUCUGUUUUUGUUUUUCAUUUCUAACAUUUAUUUCAUUAUCACAACAUUUUUUCAAAUAACGCAUCAGAUACUUCACAACAUAUCAGAUUCCACCAAAUAUAUGCCUUACUACUGUAUUAUAAAAUGCUUUACUGUAUAUCAAUAAAGCACGCAGUUAUGUUGAA